ACCUGCAGACUCGGACCCAUGAACCGCGCGACACGUUAAACCGAGGAGUAGGAGAGUGAACCCCACCAUCAUCGUGCCCUGCAUCUCCGCAAUGGCGACUUCGGCGAAGAAACCCGCCCCGUCCUCGCCGGAGAUGCCCUGGAAGACCCGCGUCGCCGUCGCCGUCAUCAGCCGCGUCACCGACCUCUGCUGCCGCUCCGACGGCACCGUCAACCGACGCCUCCUCGGCUUCCUCAACUUCAAGUCCCCUCCCAACCCCGACCCCGUCCGCGGCGUCUCCUCCUCCGACGUCACCGUCGACCCCUCCCGCCCCCUCUGGUUCCGCGUCUUCGCCCCCUCCGCCCCGGCCUCCGCUGCUUCCCUCCCCGUCCUCGUCUUCUUCCACGGCGGCGGCUUCUGCUACCUCGGCGCCGCCUCCUCGGCCUACGACGCCGUCUGCCGCCGCUUCGCCCGCAAGCUCCCCGCCGUCGUCGUCUCCGUCGACUACCGCCUCGCCCCCGAGCACCGCUUCCCCUCCCAGUACGACGAUGGCUUCGACGUCCUCCGCUUCCUCGACGAGACCCCCUCCGCCCUGCCCCUCGCCGACGUCUCCAAGUGCUUCCUCGCCGGGGACAGCGCCGGGGCCAAUAUCGCGCACCACGUGGCUGUGAGGGCCUCCCUGCCGGAGCGGAAGCUCGCGAGGGUCCGAUUGGUGGGGCUGGUGGCGAUCCAGCCCUUCUUCGGGGGUGCGGAGCGGACGGAAUCGGAGAUCCGGCUGACGGGAGCGCCGCUGGUGUCGGUGCCCCGGACGGACUGGUGCUGGAGGGCGUUCUUGCCGGAGGGAGCCGACCGGGACCACGGGGCGGUGAACGUGAGCGGGCCGAACGCGGCGGACGUGGCGGGGCUGGAGGAAUUCCCGGCGACGGUGGUGUUCGUGGGGUUCGACCCACUGAGGGACUGGCAGAAGAGGUACUGCGAGUGGCUGAGGAAGUCCGGCAAGGCGGCCGAGCUGGUGGAGUUCCCGACCAUGUUCCACGCCUUCUACAUAUUCCCGGAGGUGGCCCAGUCCACCCAGUUGAUCCUCAAGGUCAAGGAUUUCGUCCACAACCUCCUCUCCACAGAAUAAAUCUUUGUUAAUCUAUUCAGAAAUCAUUGCUAGGAGUUGUGUUGUUUACGGUCGAGGCUAUAGGUUCCCGACCUGAAACCAGGAAACCGACCUCUAAAAUUUAGAACCAGGAACCAGAUCGGGCGGUUCGAGGGCGGCUGGUUCCUGUCUGGUUUCCGGUGGUAGAAAAGCAUAGGUCUUAGGACUUGUUGUUUUUCUAUGUAUGGUCCGCCUGGGCACCAAUGGCGAUGUAAUAAACCAGAAUUUGUUUUGUUGGAUGAUGCAGUGGUUUUUGACC